UGUUUCUGUCAACACCCUUUGAAACAAGAUAAGACGUGCCUUUAUAAUCACUUUCUGAGUGAAAACAGCUUGCGGUGGUGCUCGGGCUCAAAGCUCUGAGAGAUGGCAUUGUGGGAGGCAAUCCUGUGUGCCUUCUUAGCAGCCACUUUGGGUGGGCUUUAUCUGGCAGGGGCAUUCCGCAAGCAAAGAGCCAACGAGCCGCCCUUGGAAAAAGGCAUCAUUCCGUGGCUAGGAUGUGCCCUGGAAUUCAGGCGAGAUGGCGUGGAGUUCUUGCGCAGGAUGCAAACGAAACAUGGGGACAUUUUCACUGUGCUGCUUGGAGGCUCCUAUUUCACUUUUCUGAUGGACCCCCUCUCUUUCGGAACUGUGGUGAAAGAAGCAAGAGCCAAGCUGAAUUUCACGGAAUAUGCAGAAGAACUGGUGCAGAAGGUGUUUGGAUAUCGGCCUUCUUUAAUGACCCACAAGAUAAUAGAGAGUGCCAGUACAAAGCACCUUAAAGGGAACGGGCUCGAGGUGAUGACUCAGGCGAUGAUGGACAGUUUGCAGACGGUGAUGCUUCAUAGUCUAGGCUCAGCAGAAGUGGGAAAGCCCUGGAAAGAAGAUGGGCUGUUCCACUAUUGCUACAACAUGGUCUUUAGGGCUGGAUAUCUCGCUUUGUAUGGAAACGAGCCAAGGAAAAGCAAAGAUGCCCAGAGAAAUGACCUUCAGCACUCUGAAGAGAUAUAUGAAGAAUUUCGGAAAUAUGACCGACUCUUCCCGCGCUUAGCCACUUCCACACUGUCCUAUGGAAAGAGAAAGGAAGCUGAACGUUUGAAGAGGCUCUUCUGGGGCGUCCUGUCAGUGAAGAACGUGCAGCAGAAGGACAACAUCAGCGGAUGGGUGAGGGAACAGGAGCAGCAGCUUGCCGAGGAGGGAAUGCCUGAAUACAUGCGGGACAGGUUUAUGUUUUUGCUCCUCUGGGCAGCACAAGGCAACACUGGUCCAGCUUCCUUCUGGCUCCUUCUGCACCUUAUGAAAAAUCCGAAGGCGAUGGAAGAGGUGGGGAAAGAAGUGGACCGAGUGGUGAAAGAAUCUGGACAGGAGGUAAAGCCAGGUAGUGCCGUGAUUAAUGUCACCAAGGAGAUGUUAACCAAGUCUCCUAUCUUGGAUAGUGCUGUGGAGGAGACUCUGAGGUUGGCAGCUGCUCCUCUGCUGAUCAGGGCUGUGAUGGAGGACAUGCAACUCAAGAUGAACGACGGAAGGGAAUAUGCUCUGCGCAAAGAAGACAGAGUUGGAAUCUUCCCCUACUUGGCAGCGCACAUGGAUCCGGAAAUCCACCCCGAGCCUCAUGUUUUCAAAUAUGACCGCUUCCUGAACCAAAAUGGCACUAAAAAGGAAUUCUAUAAGAAUGGCGAAAAGGUGAAGUAUUGCACCAUGCCCUGGGGUGCGGGGACCUCCAUGUGCCCUGGAAGGUUCUUCGCCGUCAAUGAGAUGAAGCUUUUUGUCUUUCUGAUGCUCACCUACUUCGAUAUGGAGUUGGUUAACAAAGAAGAUGAAGUCCCUCCAUUGGAGAAGAGCCGCUAUGGGUUCGGUGUAAUGCAGCCCGCACAUGAUAUUCAGUUUAGGUAUCGGCUACAAUAUUGAUUUGCAGGGACAGUUUUUUGGCACAGCCACUGAAGUGACUGUUUGUGGGAGAGUGCCAAAACACAGCAGGGGCCCAAUUCACUCCAAGCCAUCAGAAACAUGGGGGGGUAGUGUGUAUCACCUCCUCGGCUUGCAAUUGUAGCACUCCAGGCCCAGACAAUGAGUGCUUUAUCUUGCUUGAGUGCCAAAAUACCCUGUUAAUUGACGAACACCAGUGCUGGGAUAAGCAAGCAUUAAUGUUAAUUUGUGGGGAUAUAUUGGCUUUAGGUAAAAAUCCAACAACUGUAGUAUGAGAUACUUUUGUAAGGCUAACUAUCCAGUAAAAACAAGAAGAUGUAGACAGGGAGAGAAAAAGGUUUGUGAGUUUUCUUUUCUGAAUAUCCAGUUCCUGGGAACACAAAAGCUUGCUCGCUACUUUGUGAUAUUUCAUUUCGUCCUAACUAUAAAACAAAACCAGCUGUAAAUCCAUGAAUGCAAACAAAUGGGGGUGGGAAAGACACUUUCAGAAUCAAGGCAGGCAGCAGCCAAGGUGAUUUAACAUCCCAGAAUUUUCAAAAACAGAAUUCCUAAACGGAGGAUUUCUAACAGGGUGCAAAGUAUAUGCAUGUUUGCAUGCAGGGGCGGGGAGGGGGGACGGUGUUUGUAGGAAAGAAGCUCUGUGCAUGUUUUGCAUGCUUAACCCUUCUUGCUCAUCACUUUCCUCUUGCAACCCAUCCUCCUAGCUAUGUAAUUUAUCAGUUAAAAUCCUUAUCAACUUAAAGCUCUAAGAGUUUGUUGGCAGGCCCUGAUGCCAUUCUGUUGCCACCCAGCGUUUCCUUAGUCUCCUGUUUGGUAACUCCCGAGUAAGCUACCAUUUCCCCCACACCCCAAGCUCCGUAGGAUAUAGUCACACUGGUCUAAUUUAUAAGAAUGUUGUACGGGUUACUGAAAUAGUACAAGUGACCCUUACAAGGGUUCCAUAUUCUUGAAUUGCUUCCCAUAAAUUCUGAUUGCUACAAUUAAUUCAAAGUGGGAGGUUUAAACGCAAGUCUAGCUCUCCGCUAAAAGCAGAGGAACUUAAACUUUUGGAUGUAUUUUAUUCUACAUUUAAAUCGUAUUUUAAAUGUUCA